ACCCUCGGGCCCCUGGGGAGUGAAGGGAAGGGAAGGCAAGGCGAAUCAUAAGAUAAAAAUCAACGGAAACCUCAGAUGUGAAAAAAAAAGAGAGAGAGAAGAGAGUGGGUUUUUUUUUCUUUUUUUCUGUAAUUUUUACACUUCCGGGAUGGCUGCCAGGCCAUGAGGAGGUUUUAGGCCCAGCUCCCUGGGACCAUGGUGCUACCUUCGCGGCUGCACUGGAUCCGGAACCGGCCAUGGAGGAACCGCAUCCGCAGGCGCCAGCUGAACCGACUGCCAACCAGGCUCCCAGAAACCAUGCUGGUAGGAUCCCAGUCCUUCUCGCCGGGAGGGCCCAAUGGGAUCAUUAGAAGUCAGUCCUUUGCAGGCUUCAGUGGCCUUCAGGAAAGACGAUCCAGGUGUAAUUCCUUCAUUGAAAAUUCUUCUGCUCUCAAGAAGCCCCAGGCCAAACUGAAGAAAAUGCACAAUUUAGGUCACAAAAACAACAACCCUCCUAAAGAGCCUCAGCCGAAGAGAGUAGAAGAGGUCUACAGGGCCUUGAAAAAUGGACUCGAUGAGUAUCUGGAGGUUCACCAGACCGAGUUGGACAAACUGACAGCCCAGCUGAAAGACAUGAAGAGGAAUUCCCGCCUGGGAGUACUGUAUGACCUAGACAAGCAAAUGAAAACAAUUGAGAGAUACAUGAGACGCCUGGAGUUCCACAUUAGUAAGGUAGAUGAGCUCUACGAAGCUUACUGUAUCCAGCGACGCCUCCAAGAUGGUGCCAGCAAAAUGAAGCAAGCCUUUGCGAUGUCCCCCGCCAGCAAAGCUGCCCGAGAGAGUCUGUCGGAGAUCAAUCGGAGCUACAAGGAAUACACGGAGAACAUGUGCACCAUUGAGGCGGAACUGGAGAACUUGCUGGGGGAAUUCUCCAUCAAGAUGAAAGGUCUGGCUGGCUUUGCUCGCCUCUGCCCUGGAGAUCAAUACGAGAUUUUCAUGAAGUACGGCCGGCAGAGGUGGAAACUGAAGGGCAAAAUAGAAGUCAAUGGCAAGCAGAGCUGGGACGGAGAAGAGAUGGUUUUCCUGCCGCUGAUCGUUGGGUUCAUUUCCAUCAAGGUCACAGAGCUCAAGGGGCUGGCGACUCACAUCCUAGUGGGCAGUGUGACCUGUGAGACCAAAGAGCUGUUUGCAGCCCACCCACAGGUGGUGGCUGUUGACAUCAACGACCUUGGCACCAUCAAACUGAACCUGGAAAUCACCUGGUAUCCGUUUGACGUGGAGGACAUGACCCCAUCCUCGGGUGCGGGAAACAAGGCAGCAGCGCUACAGAGGAGGAUGUCCAUGUACAGCCAAGGCACACCCGAGACACCUACCUUCAAAGACCACGCAUUCUUUAGAUGGUUGCUUCCUUCACCAGACAAGCCAAGGCGGCUGUCUGUCUUGAGUGCCUUGCGAGACACUGUCUUUGCCAAGCCACACGGCGGCCGCUCUGUCGGUGACCUGCCCUCCCUUGGCCUGAGCCCCAGGGCCGUGCUAGAGUUCUAUUCGAAUCUACCUGAUGACAUCUUUGAAAAUGGGAAGGUGGCUGAGGAGAAGAUGCCACUGUCCCUCAGCUUCAGCGACCUCCCGGAUGGAGACUGCACGCUUACCUCCAGCUCUGCUGCAUCACCCUCCAGCUCAUGCUCCGCCAACCCCGAGAUCACCAUCACCCCUGCAGAGUGCUCCCAUGGCAGCCUAUGCUCCCAGAGCGAGGGCACAGGGGACAGCAGUUCUGCAUCCUCCAGGAGCUCCCUGGGCCAAGGCCAGGAGCCAGGGUGCCCCACGCAGGGGGAUGCAGCAGAGCCUGGGAAAACUGCCGUGGCCACGGGUGCUAGUGCCAAGCACCUGUUCCUUGAGGAUGGCGUGGCCGAGGCCCUUCUGCAGGAGUCGGAUGAGGCCUCUGAGCUGAAACCGGUAGAGCUGGACACUUUCGAGGGGAACCUCACGAAGCAGCUGGUAAAGAGGCUCACCUCGGCUGAGGGGCCAGCGGCCACCGAGAGGCAGCUCUACGAGGGCUCCGUCAGUGGAGAGUCAGAAGGCUGCAGGUCCUUUCUGGAUGGCAGCCUGGAGGACGCCUUCAGUGGCCUUUUCCUCGCCCUGGAGCCACACAAGGAGCAGUAUAAAGAAUUUCAGGCUCUGAGCCAAGAAGUCAUGCAUCUGGAUGACAUUCUAAAGUGCAAGCCCGCAGGGAGCCGUAGCCGGUCUUCCAGCUUAAGUCUUGCCGUUGAGAGUGCUUUAGAAAGCUUUGAUUUCCUGAACACCUCCGACUUUGACGAGGAGGAGGAGGAUGGCAAUGAGGUUUGUCACGUCGGAGGAGGUGCCGACUCUGUCUUUUCAGACACUGAGACUGAGAAAAACAGUUAUAGGUCAGUGCACCCAGAAGCCCGGGGGCACCUUAGCGAAGCGCUGACCGAAGACACAGGCGUUGGGACCAGCGUGGCCGGAAGUCCUCUCCCACUGACCUCAGGGAAUGAGAGCCUGGACAUCACCAUCGUGCACCAUCUGCAGUACUGCACUCAGCUCAUUCAGCAAAUCGUCUUCUCCAGCAAAACCCCUUUUGUGGCAAGAAAUCUCUUAGAGAAGCUCUCCCGGCAGACCCAAGUGAUGGAAAAACUCGCGGCUGUCAGCGAUGAGAACAUAGGGAACAUCAGCUCGGUCGUGGAAGCCAUUCCAGAAUUCCACAAAAAGCUGUCUCUGCUGUCCUUCUGGACCAAGUGCUGCAGCCCAUCUGGUGUCUACCACAGCUCAGCGGACAGGGUGAUCAGGCAGCUGGAGGCCAGCUUCGCCAGAGUCCUCAACAAAGAAUACCCAGGACUAGCAGAGCCAGUGUUUCGAACCCUGGUAUCUCAGAUUCUGGACCAGACUGAGCCUCUGCUCUCCUCCAACCUAUCCUCAGAAGUCGUCACCGUUUUCCAGUAUCACAGUUACUUUACGAGCCAUGGUGUGAGUGACCUGGAGAGCUACCUGAGCCAGCUGGCCAGGCAAGUUUCCGUGGUUCAGACUCUGCAGACACUGAAAGACGAGAAGCUGCUGCAGACCCUGAGUGACCUCUCUCCUAGCAAUCUCCCGGCCCAGCAGGAGGUCCUCAGGACCCUGGCUCUGCUGCUGGCCAGGGACAGCAGUGAAGUCAGUGAGGCUGUGGGGCUGUUCCUGACAGCAGCCUCCAAAAACGAGCAUUUCAGGGAAAAGGCCUUGCUGUAUUACUGCAAAGCACUAACCGAGACCAACCUGGAGCUCCAGAAGGGAGCGUGCCUGGCGCUGAGAAGCCUGCAGGCUACUGAGAGCAUUAAAAUGCUGGUGACUCUGUGUCAAUCUGACACUGAAGAAAUGAGAACUGUGGCCUCAGAAACCCUCUUGUCUCUCGGAGAAGAUGGACGAUUGGCUUAUGAACAGUUGGAUAAAUUUCCUCGAGACUACGUUAAAGUUGGAGGUCGUCAUGGAACUGAAGUAGCCACAGCCUUUUAAUUACGAAUUAACUCUGCCUAACUGCUGUCCUAAAUCUCGCCCUUUCCAUCAAGAAGGUGCUGCGAUUUCUCUGGAAAGCAUCUCGAACUUGAAAAAUCCUGUUGAGGUUGUCUGGAAAUGUGACAUGUUAUAAAAAGUGCUCAGAAUUUUGUGUCACAGUACCUUUCUGCUUUCUCUUUGGCCAAUAGAAUAGGGCUAUGUAAUAAUAUUCAGUAGAUUACAUCGUUGGUUAUUAUGUCUGACAGUACUCAGUAAAAAAAAAAAGUCCAUCUUGUUAUAUGCAGAAUUUUAAAAUAGCCAUCUUUGUACUUUUUGGAAGUUCUAUAAGCUUGAAAUAGUUGUGCGAUAUUUCAAUAAAUAUAUGCCUUGCAGUUUCUCUGUCAUGUUCUCAGGGUUGAGUGGCCCUUUAGCUACCUAAUUUUACUUUAAAUACAGAGCACAAAAAAGAAUUACUUCAAAUAAAAGUUUACCUACAGAACCUGGUAAAAUGAUCCAUUGUCAGAGUCUAACUUUUGUAUUUUAGUUUUUUAAAUGACCACUAGUAUGUUUGGUUUUUUCUACACUGAAAUUCCCAAAUCAACCUAGCGUGGUGGUGCAUGUGUAUAAUCCCAGAACUUGAGAGGCUAAAACAAGAGGAAAAGUUCAAAGCCAUCCCGGGAUACACAGUGAGUUCCAGGCCAGACUGAACUUUAUAGGGAGACCCUGUCUCAAAAUCAAUUAAUUGCCAGGAGUGGUGGUGCAGUACUAUAAUCCCAGCACUGAGAAGACUAAAGCAGGAGGCUCACCAUGAGGUUCAAGCCAGCCUGCACUACAAAGCAAGCCUCUGUCUCAAACAACUAAGAUUUUUUUAAUUAACUGACUAAAAAUAAAAAAUAAAUUCUCCAAUUACAUUUCUGUGAUAGCAAAAUGAUAGGUAAUGACUAAGAACUGUUGCAUUAGACUAUACUCAUAUUCUUACAAGCAAAAAAAUCUUAAAUCUUAAGCUUUUUAAAAAUGAAAAACAGCCAUUUUUAUGAUACUAUUACCUUUAGAUAAUUUGCUGCUAAGACAAAUCCAAACCAUUCGCUGUGAAUUCAGAAAGUUCUUUGAGGCUCUCGAGGCUGCUUUGAAAGAACCUAAACACUGGAGGAAUCCUCAUGGGGUAGGAAUAGAGAGGUGUGGGAUAUGGUCUGUUGCCAGGUAUGGUGCUGCACAACUGUAAUCCCAGCACUCCAGAGGCUGAAGCAGGAGGAUCUUGGCGAGCUCAAGGCCAAUCUGGACCACACUGUGAUACCCUGUGUCAAACCAACAAAAGCUAGUUCCUGCUUCUGUAAAAAUGACCAUGAGAUUAGGAAGAGGAAGGAUGCUCCAAGGAAUGGAAACUGUCCCUAGAGAAAUCCUUCACUCCUGGGUAGGAUGCCUGGCCCAAGCAGUGAUAAAAGCUGCCCCCACUCAGUAUCUCGGUAGCAAGUCCGUUCAACAAGGGCUACCAGACUUUUCAGAAUGGUUCUCACUGAAGAACUUCUCUCCCGCUGAAGAACAUACAGCUGGGGUAUGCCAAUGUAUCAAAACAGUGUGUGUGUAUGUGUGUAAUUUAAAACUGUGGAAUAUCAGUUGUAUUCUUGAUGUGUUUGUAUAAAAUGUGGUUCAGAUGUCAUUUUAAAUAUUUCCAUUUUAGCAAGACUUUUAAAAAGGGUUCGUUUCAUUUUAAAGUGAAAAUCAUUUGCCAGGCUCCUGGCAAAAUAGUUCUUUCAACUGUGAAGUUACAGUGUACAUAUUUGUAUAUUUAUAAAUAUUAUAUAUAUGCAUAUAUCUUUCAUUUUAAAGGUACAUUGUACAGUCUAUAGUUAGUGUGUAUAGUCUAUGGCCUAUGUUACGUGGUUGAAAUGGUUCUUCUUAUAGACAGUCAAGUCACAGGUGUUACAAGGUCUUUUGUUUUUGGUUUGGUUUUGCAUUUUAAAAAUUUUUGUGAAUAUUGCAUGAGUAAUGAAUUCCAUAUGUUUUGUAUUCACCUCUGCAUUUUAUGUUUGGUUGGGGGGAUGCUUUUAGUUUUGUGGCAUUUAUAUUCAUCAUUCAAUCAUGUAAGUCAAAAUAAAAAUUAUUUUUACUUACUCCUA